UCUUCUUAUUAGGCAGCUUUGUUUUUAAAUCUAGGUACUAUGGCCACUCGCAUGGUCUCGGCUUUCCGCGCUGCGCCUUUGUCAACAAUGGCGAGCCGGACGCUUCUCCACCGCGUUUCGAUCACCGCAACGCCUUCUCUUGUUCGCCCUGGAGCGGGCUCGCGCGGCUUCAGGACCACCACUGUUGCCGCACUGCAGGCGGGCAUUGUGGGCCUGCCCAACGUUGGCAAGUCCACGCUGUUCAACGCGCUGGUUGAGAACGGCAAGGCGCAGGCUGCCAACUUCCCCUUCUGCACCAUCGAGCCCAACGUCGGCAUCGUGCAGGUUGAGGACCCCCGUCUGGCCCAGCUGUCCGCCAUCAGCGGCUCCAAGGACCUGAUCCCCGCCACCGUGGAGUUUGUGGACAUCGCGGGCCUGGUCAAGGGCGCCAGCAAGGGCGAGGGCAUGGGCAACCAGUUCCUCACCAACAUCCGCAACACCGACGCCAUCUGCCAGGUGGUGCGGUGCUUUGAGGAUGACGACAUCGUGCACGUGGCGGGCAAGGUGGACCCCCUGGACGAUAUCGACGUGAUCAACCUGGAGCUGGCGCUGGCGGACCUGGAGGUCAUCAGCAAGAGGCAGGAGCGGCUGCGGAAGGGCAAGAAGGCUGCUGACCAGGCUGAGCGGGACGAGCUGGAGCUGAGUGCGCUGGACAAGAUCCAGGCCGCCAUUGAGGCCGGCAAGGGCGCCCGCACCGCGCAGCUGACCAAGGACGAGGCGGUGGCGGUUAAGGGGCUGGGGCUGCUGACACUCAAGCCGCUCAUCUACGCCGCCAAUGUCAUGGAGGACGACCUGGCGGACCAGGGAGCCAACAACACACACGUGCAGGCCCUGCGCAAGCGUGCUGUCGAAGAGGGUGUGCAGGUUGUCGUGGUGAGCGCCAAGGUGGAGGCGGAGCUGAACGAGCUGCCCAAGGAGGAGGCCAAGGAGUGGCUGGCCAGUCUGGGCGUCACGGACGGCGGGCUGUCCUCUCUGGUGCGCGCCACCUACUCCACACUGGGACUGCAGACCUACUUCACCACAGGUGAGAAGGAGACCCGCGCCUGGACCAUCCGCAAGGGCAUGACGGCGCCUCAGGCUGCAGGCGUGAUCCACACCGACUUCGAGAAGGGCUUCAUCCGCGCCGAGACCAUCGCCUUUAACGACUUCGUCAAGAACAAGGGGUACAGCGGCUCCAAGGAGGCGGGCGCCCUGAGGCUGGAGGGCAAGGAGUACGUUGUGCAGGAGGGCGACGUGCUGCUGUUCCGAUUCAACGUGUGAGGCGGCGGGCGGACUGGACCAGGUGCUGGCCGUGGGGGGUGAGCGGGGUAGCUGUAGGUUGGCUGGGAGGUAGUGUGGAUGUGGAGAUAGCGGAUAGUAAGGGAUCUGCGGUGUACUGAAACAGUUUAUGACGCCUGACGUUGCUUGUACUUGGGUAGAUAGCUGACACAACUUCACAAAUAGGCGGCUGUAGCAGCUUGCAACACCAGGAUGUGUGCUCCGCGACUGUGCCAGUGUAAAUCGGGUGCGAACCGACUAAGGCGCUGUACAUGAUUUGGCUUUCAGGUCAUGUGAACGAGCGCGUGAGCGGAUACAGGUUGAUGUGGUGCCGAGCAGCCGAGGUGCUUGUCGGCGACCUUGAUGAUGUCGUUGAUGCAUUCCAGUGGAUGUAACUCCGUACGCCAUACCAUGCAUAUGGCACC